UCAUUCGAACAUUUCAAAACAACAUGGCGACAGCUCCACUUCCAAACGAACAGCCCGACGAGGAUGCAUCCGAACUUAUGUUUCCUAAAGAAUUUGAAAAUGCAGAAACAUUGUUGAUAUCAGAAGUACAGAUGUUGCUAGAUCACAGGAAACAGCAGAAUGAGAGUGCUGAAGAAGAACAGGAGCUGUCCGAAGUGUUUAUGAAGACUCUAAAUUACACCAGCAGAUUCUCAAAAUUCAAAAACAGAGAAACCAUUUCAGCUGUAAGAAGUCUUCUGAUGCAGAAAAAGUUGCACAAGUUUGAGCUGGCUGCCCUUGCCAACCUCUGUCCAGAAAAUGCUGAUGAAGCCAAAUCCUUAAUUCCAAGUUUAGAAGGGCGUUUUGAAGAUGAAGAACUUAAACAGAUCCUGGAGGAUAUUCAGACAAAGCGGAGUUUCCAGUACUGAAGAUUCUGAUGUUGAUCAUUUUGAAGAUAUGUGGAGAAAUGUGGAGAUUCCAGUCAAAUGAACUGGAACUUUGGUUAUAUAUCUUUACAGAGAAAUGAGGAGCUGCCCUGCAACUGUUGUGUGCAAUACAUAUUAUCUCUGGAGACUUUGCAAGUAGCAAUUUAGUUCUGAUUUUGAAUUUGAGAAUUUCUUAGUCAGAACUUGUGUUGUAUUUUGUACUGAUGGUGCUUCAAGGAACUCUUUUGACCGUUUGGAAAGAACAAGUUGGCUUGAUCAUGCUGCACCUAGUCAGAUAGAACCCAACAUUUCGGUUAAUUGUAGACAACUUAUAAAAUUUUGUAAGAUACUCAUUGGUCCAAUCUAGACAUGUAAACAAAUGUUGAAUUCAUAAACAUUUCAGAAAUAUUUUUAUUUUCAUCAUCAUUUUUAAUGUCAUUUGACAAGAGUGAAAUUAUAAAUCUGACUUUAGUGAAAGCAUUUCUCAAUGAUUUGGACCUGAACUGUGAUGGCUUUAUCUUGUAGUGAAUCAGUGUCAGUUCUGUGCAAGAUUCAUCAUCACAAUUCUGAAGCUACACAUCGAAUAAACUUCUGAGGUUUUCUAAAGUUGUAAAUUUCUACAAAUAAAAGUAUCAUGAUGCUAAUUGUAUAAUUUCUAUGGCUAUACCGACAUGGUAUUAAACCAUUCGUUUUUCAUUUAAGAGGACAUUAAAAUGAAUUUCUCACUUU